UUGGAAAUGUCCUCCGCCAAUGCUUCCGUCAAUCAGUCUAUUUUGCACACACCCCCUGCAAUGAUUAUGUUUCUUUCGUUUUCAUUUCCCGGAAAGGUCGAAUGAGAAAAUAGUGGAGUUUUAAUUAUUUCUCAGUUUCUUUCUUCAUUUAAUAUGGAGUUUUGGGAGGUUUGAUAUGGAGUGCAUUUAAUUUAUUGAAAAGGUUAUAGGUCUGCUUUUAAGGAAACCAUCCUUUUUGUUUUUAGUACAGUGUAGUCGAACAGAUAGAAGCGCAUUUCCAUGGAGAAAAUAUUUCCGUUACGUUUGGUCAAGCAAGAAAACAGAGAAAACAGUCCCCCAUCCAUAAUGCAUGAAAGGCAAGUUAACGUUCCUCUCAGUAUGCAUCAUUCCCCCCCUAACCAGCUUCCCUUGAUCAGUCCUCCCACACAGGAAGACCUGUGGCAUCUACCUGGACAACUGCGAAUAAACCCAUCUCUGUGGAACAAAGAGGAUGUUGGCCACUGGCUCCACUGGGCUCAGAAGGAGUAUUCACUGCGCCGGCCUGAAAGGGGACACUUUGAGAUGAACGGGCGAGCUCUGUGCCUGCUCACCAAGGAAGACUUCAGACGCCGAUGCCCCAACUCGGGUGAUGUUCUGUAUGAGAUCCUUCAGUGUGUAAAACAGCAAAGGAGGAGUGUUGUCUGUGACCCUCCAAAUUCGUCUCCCUCCGUUGAAACUGGACCCAUCCAGAACCAAGUCAGCUGCCAGAUACCCACUCAGAGUGUCCAAGAGCCUCAGCCUCCUGCAGUCAAUGAUGUCCAAGAUGGAUCAGUAGCUGUCUCUCCAUUGCUCCACAACCAAGUUCAUUGUCUGCCCCAAACUGCGAGUGUAAUCCAGGAGCCGCUCAACCUGUCCAGUCGAGAGAAGCCAAAGAGCCCAAUGCACAAAGCCAACGGUCGCAUCCCAGAGUGUAGACUGCUGUGGGACUAUGUGUAUCAGCUUCUGUGUGAUGACCGUUACCAAGAAUACAUCCGAUGGGAGGACCGGAACAACCUGGUGUUCAGGGUAGUCGACCCCAACGGACUGGCACGUCUCUGGGGAAACCACAAGAAUCGAGAUAAUAUGACCUAUGAGAAAAUGUCUCGGGCUUUGCGACACUACUACAAACUCAACAUCAUUAAAAAGGAGCGAGGACAAAAACUCCUCUUCAGGUUUCUGAAACUCCCACAAAACAACAAGAAGUCACAGGUUGUUGAGUCCCAAGAAUAUACUCCACCUCAGGACAGGGACUUUUCAGACAGCGGUCCUACACAUGAGUUCUGUGAGGACCAUUUUGAGGUUUCCCCUGAUCCUGCUUCACCACAGCAUCCACCAUAGAAAACAAAACAAUCUAUUAAGUGUCCUAAACACAUGGAGAAUACAAGAACACAAAUGAUUAGUAGAAUGGAGAUCUGUUUUCAGAAAAUUGUUUUCAUGUACAGCUUUAACAAAAUGCAUUGCUAUGUAUUUUUUUAAAGAAUAAUUGCACAUUGAUCUUGCUUUUCAUUUUGCUGUGAAGCAGUGUAUCUAUUACUGUUAUCAGAACGAACACUAAAGGACGAAAAUAUUCAAUUUUCAAACAGCCAAAUGAACUUCAUAACUUAAAUUUCCCAGGCUUGCUCAAGAUACAUACACAAAAUGCACAUUGUUUUCAUAUACUGUAUAAGUCUUGCAGAUUGUUGUUACAAUAAAUAGGAUGAGAAAGGGUG